ACAGGAAGUCGUAAGCAUUGUGGGACGUGUAGUUCCGCCCUGAGCCUGCUUGGCGUGUUAAGAAGCGCGACGGUGAGAAGAAAAACAAAUUCAAACCGAACUUCUCAAAAAUAACCGUGAACAUCGUUGAAAGUAUUAAAUAAGCAUGCCUGGAUUUACGUGCUGCGUUCCUGGCUGUUACAACAACUCCCAACGUGACCGGGACCUUCGCUUCUACACAUUUCCAAAGGAUACCACACAGAGAGAGAUUUGGCUGAAGAACAUCUCCAGGAGCGGGGUUAAAGGGUGUUUUAGUACCUUCCAGCCCACCACGGGCCAUCGAGUGUGCAGUGAACACUUUGCUGGCGGCAGAAAGACUUAUACGAUUCGAAUCCCAACUAUAUUUCCACUUAGGGGCGUGAAUGAGAAAAGGAGCCGAAGAGGAAGGGGCAGAGGUAGGAAAACACCCGCUGUUUUGCCCUCGGUCACCAGUGUCGUCUCUACACCUGCAAACCUUUCCACUCCAGACGAUGUAACGCAAUUUACCAAUACAGAAGAGCAGGAUGGGCAAAAUGGGCAUGAUACGAAACCGGUGGACCUUACCGUACAGGCCGACGAAACUUGUGUAACUACAAUGGUAUCCUGUGCGGCUACAGUGUCUGACGACAUGAACCUUCAGUUGGUAGAGACUGCGCUGAGUGCUGCUAAAAGCGCUUCGAUUCGCAACACAUUAGACGUGGGCACGGCAAGCGCCUUGGAUCACGCAUAUUCUCUACCCUGUGGUACAACUUCUUCUGACCUGUUGCGAAAGCUGAAUGAGCAACGGGACAUCAUCGCUUUGAUGGAAGUAAAAAUGAAGGAGCUGAAAACCACCCUUCAUCAUUUAAAAGUAUCCGAGGCCAAGCUAAUGGAAGAAAUCAGAGAGAGGGAUGGAUUGCUGUCCAAAUGUUUCGCUCAGAAACCCUACGAGAUUGACGUUGUCCUAUAACAAACUUUAAACAAACUCUUGUGUGUUAAUAUUGUUAUUUUGAUAUGAUUUAUUGGCAUAUUUCCUCUUCAAGACCGUGCUGUACAUUAAGGUAGACUGUUUUGCUGCAGCUUUUUGAAAAUAUCAGAAUAUCACAGCUAUCACCACCAAAUGAACUGAAACUAACAUAA